CACAGCCCACGACUUAAAAGAGUGCAGAGCAGGGCGUGUUUUCAUCUCUUCCACAUCCUCCACAAACAUCACCCAACCAUCAUACGCGGAGGACGGUCUCAAACCGGGCUCCUCCUUUUUUUCCAUCUUUGAUCAAAAUCUACCACACGCAUAAGCAGUCAAGCAGCUGCAUCAGUCCGUGUCGGACACUCAUCAUCCUCUCACACUCCCUUGCCCCUUCUUCAUCUUCCAUCACUCCCUCCAUACCCCAGCCCACCCCGACAGAUUCGACGCCAUGUACGUCAGGAAGCGCGAUGGGCGCCAGGAGCGCGUCCAGUUCGACAAGAUCACAGCUCGCGUCUCGCGUCUGUGCUAUGGUCUUGACAUGGACCAUGUCGACCCGGUCGCCAUCACCCAGAAGGUUAUCUCUGGCGUCUAUGGCGGCGUCACAACAGCGCAGCUCGAUGAUUUGGCUGCUGAGACCGCUGCCUACAUGACAGUCACCCAUCCCGACUAUGCCAUUCUGGCCGCUCGGAUCGCCGUUUCCAACCUCCACAAGCAAACAAAAAAGCAAUGGUCCUCCGUCGUGAGCGACCUCUACCACUAUGUGAACCCCAAGAACGGCAAGCCGUCACCCAUGAUUGCCAAGGAGACAUACGAGUGCGUCAUGCGGCACAAGGAUGAGUUCGACUCGGCCAUUGUCUAUGACCGUGAUUUCAACUACCAAUACUUCGGCUUCAAGACCUUGGAGCGCUCAUACCUCCUGAAGCUCGACGGCAAGAUUGUCGAGCGCCCCCAGCACAUGAUCAUGCGUGUUGCUGUCGGCAUUUGGGGUGACAAUGUCGAGCGUGUCAUUGAGACGUACAACCUCAUGUCCAACAAGUUCUUCACGCAUGCUUCCCCCACCCUCUUCAAUGCCGGGACUCCCCAGGCCCAGCUCUCUUCGUGCUUCCUGGUCGACAUGAAGGAUGACAGCAUCGAGGGUAUCUAUGACACCCUCAAGACCUGCGCUAUGAUCUCCAAGAUGGCGGGCGGCAUUGGCCUGAAUAUCCACCGCAUCCGCGCGACUGGGUCAUACAUUGCCGGUACCAACGGCACCUCCAACGGCAUCAUUCCCAUGCUCCGCGUCUUUAACAACACUGCUCGCUAUGUUGAUCAGGGUGGCAACAAGCGCCCGGGCGCCUUUGCCAUCUACCUCGAGCCCUGGCAUGCCGAUGUUUUCGAGUUCCUGGACCUCCGCAAGAACCACGGCAAGGAGGAAGUCCGUGCCCGUGAUCUCUUCUUGGCCCUCUGGAUCCCGGAUCUCUUCAUGAAGCGUGUCGAGAAGAACGGCGAGUGGACGCUCAUGUGCCCCAACGAGUGCCCGGGUCUUGCCGACUGCUACGGCGAGGAGUUCGAGGCUCUGUAUGAGAGAUAUGAGAGGGAGGGCCGCGGCCGUAGAACCGUCAGGGCCCAGAAGCUGUGGUAUGCCAUCCUCGAGGCGCAGACCGAGACCGGCAACCCCUUCAUGCUGUACAAGGACCACUGCAACCGUAAGAGCAACCAGAAGAACCUCGGUACCAUCCGCAGCUCCAAUCUCUGCACCGAGAUCAUCGAGUAUUCCGCUCCCGACGAGGUCGCCGUUUGCAACCUGGCUUCGCUGGCUCUUCCCCAGUUCGUUGACUACAACGAGGGAGUGUAUGACUUCAAGAAGCUGCACGAAGUCACCCAGGUCGUCGUUCGCAACCUGAACAGGAUCAUCGACAUCAACCAUUACCCGGUGAAGGAGGCUUACAACAGCAACAUGCGCCACCGCCCCAUCGGCGUCGGUGUCCAGGGCCUGGCGGAUGCCUUCCUGGCGCUUCGCAUGCCUUUCGAGUCGCCCGAGGCUCGCGAGCUCAACAAGCAGAUCUUCGAGACCAUCUACCAUGCCGCUCUUACCGCCUCGUGCGACCUGGCCAAGGAGCAGGGUCCCUACUCGACCUACGAAGGAUCCCCCGUGUCCCAGGGUAUCCUUCAGUACGACAUGUGGAACGUCAAGCCGAGCGAUCUCUGGGAUUGGGAUGCGCUCAAGGCCAAGAUCAAGGAGCAUGGUGUCCGAAACAGCUUGCUCAUCGCUCCCAUGCCGACCGCCUCCACGUCUCAGAUCCUGGGCAACAAUGAGUGCUUCGAGCCCUACACGUCCAACAUCUACCAGCGCCGUGUGCUGGCCGGCGAGUUCCAGGUUGUCAACCCUUGGCUUCUGAAGGACCUUGUCGACAUGGGUCUCUGGUCCGACAACAUGAAGAACCGCAUCAUCGCCGAGGGCGGUUCCAUCCAGAACAUUCCCAACAUCCCGGCCGACAUCAAGGCCCUCUACAAGACCGUUUGGGAGAUUUCCCAGCGCACCAUCGUCCAGAUGGCUGCCGAUCGCGGAGCUUUCAUCGAUCAGUCCCAGUCGCUCAACAUCCACAUGCGUGAGCCGACCAUGGGCAAGAUCACCAGCAUGCACUUCACUGGCUGGAAGCUGGGCCUCAAGACCGGCAUGUACUACCUGCGCACUCAGGCUGCUGCGCAGCCCAUCCAGUUCACCGUCGACCAGGAGGCGCUCCGCGUUCAGGAUUCCGCCGUCAGCAAGACACCGGGGCUGAAGAAGCGCGGCCCUCUGGUCCCCAGCUACAUGUCGUCGCCCACCGCAGUGCCGCGUCCCAUGGCGUUGACCAGUAAGGAGAGCACGCCAAACGGCACCGCUAACGGCAGCGUCGCCACGCCCACCACCCCCCCUCCUCCCCUGACGCCAGUUAAGGACACCAAGCCUCGCGUCCUCGCUUCGCCGUCAAAGCCGCCUGCCUUCAAGGCCGACAUCGACGAGGGCGACAGCCCCAAGACACUGCCUACCGAGCCCGCUGACAAGCCCAAGACGGAGGACAUCGGUUCACCAGCGCUCGACUCCAAGAAGGAUGCCGAGGACAACGAGGACGAAAGCAAGGAGCGCGAGAUGGAUAUCUACUCUGAGGCGGUUCUUGCUUGCAGCAUCGAGAACCCCGAGGCCUGCGUGAUGUGCAGCGGUUAAGUCUAAUGGCCUGACGUUGGAUGAGGCAUGUGGCGAUGUGGUGUGAUGAUGAGAUCAGGAUUCAGCAUGGUUGGGCUUCUUCUUUUUCGGUCUUCGGUUCGCAGGAAAUUUCACAGGCAUAUACAUGCGGGCACCCGAACGUCGUGGGCCGUCUACUGC